GCCAUGGAAACAGAACGUUGACCAAAGCUAUAAAAGCUGCCGCCAUCAUUUCUUUCUCAUUCGCACAUUAAACUUUGACAAGUUGACCUACUGCGGAUUUAUUGUUGGAAAGUUGCAAUCUGGGAAACCCGAUCGACUGGAAAACUUUUACUUCAAAAAAGAGGACCUGAGGACUUCAUCACAGACUGACCUUUUUUGGAUCAUACCUGUUCACCUGAAGUCCUCAUUUCUGACGAACCUUUUUUUUUGGAUUAAACCUGAUCACCUGUAAAGCCUCUUCUCAGACAAACCUUUUGGAUUAUACCUGACCACCUGUAAGAUUCUUUGCAAACAAAGCUUUUGGAUUACUUUGCUCUAGGACAGCUACUGCCAGAAGUAGACCAUCUUUAACUUCUGGAGAAGUGGCCUCCGGUUGACCCCCUGGGGCGAGGCAGCUGCUGUCCUGAGUCUCUACAGUGUUCUGAGAGACAAUAUGGGGUCCGGUGUAUCCAACGAGUCCACCUCAUCUUCCGAGAUGAACCCCGUCCAGCUCCCCAGUGAAUAUGAGGUUCUGAAAGUUCUGGGAGAGGGCUGCUUCGGAAAGGUGUUGAAAUGUUGGAAAAAGGACACCGAGCAGACUGUGGCUGUGAAGAUUCCUAAAUUCUUCGACCAAGAAACCAUCAAUGAGGUGUCCAUGCUGAGACUGUUCAAACGCCUCAACCUCGACAAACAUAACAUCGUCGAGUUAAUCGAUUACUUUCAAACCAAAUAUGGAAAGGCAAUCGUGUUCGAGGUGUUGGAUAUCAGCCUGGGUGACUACCUUGAAAUGACAAGUUUUGCGCCCAUGCUUCUGAGUGACAUCAGAAGCGUCAUCCAGCAGAUGGGGACAGCAUUUGAGGCACUGAAGGGGAUCGGAGUGAUCCAUGGUGACGUGCACCUCCACAACAUCAUGAUGGAGAAUCACCAAACACGACCCUUCAGAGUCAAGCUCAUUGACUUCGGUGGUGCCAUUUCCAGAUCAAAAGCCACCCAGGGCACGCUCCUACAACCACUGGCUUUUAGGUCUCCAGAAAUCAUACUGGGCUGUCCAUUUUCUGAGGCCAUUGACAUGUGGUCCCUGGGCUGUCUGAUGUUCAUCAUGAUCUGCGGCAAACUACCAUUCAGUGGAUUCUCUGAGUAUGAAAUACUGCGGAGCAUCAUUGAUCUUCUGGGUCGGCCAGAAGACCUUGUUCUCACUGCUGGUCUAAGGACAAAGAAGUACUUUAACUGGACUGAGUCAAACAGCUGGGAGCUCAAGACAUCGUUUGAGUAUCUCAGAUAUCAUCUCAGCAGUGUCAACAAGGACCACAAGCUCCAGUCUCUGGACGAUCUCAAAGUAAUUCGUCUAGAGGAAAAUAAUGAAGCUGAGGCUGUAGAGCGAGAGCAGUGCAUCGAGCUCCUGAAGGCCAUGCUGAAGAUGGAUGAGGAUGAGAGGAUCACUCCCCGUGAAGUCCUCAUUCAUCCAUUUUUCACCAAAGACUACCCAAACAAUGGGGCUUUGGCGGCCGCAUCCCCUUUGGUUCGAUGGAAGCCAAUGGAAAAUCUGGCCAGUGCACUCGGUGAGCCUGCUGCCACUCCUCUGAUGGAUGACGAAAGUGUGUUCAUCCAACCAGAAGGCUGCACGCCAUCUCCAGAAAUUCCACCAGCAGGUGUGAUCCUGGUUCGACCAGCGACAGCUGAGAACACACUGCUGCUGGAAGGUCAGGGGAGCAAAGUCAGUGGCAGGACUUACAUUGUCAAGAUCGCAGGAAGUUCGGCCUUCACGUCCGUGUUCUCGAGUGAGGACUGCACUCCAUCUGACACAUUUCUACCAUCAGGUGUGAUCCUGGUUCGGCCUGCGACAGCCGAGCGCACCCUGAUAGAAGAUCAGGAGAGUGCAGUCAGUUUUCAGUCUGGCCUGUACAAGACAUCAUUUGUGAACAACAUUGAUAGUGUCAAGGAGUCCUCCAUAUGUGAGGACUCGGGCUCAUGUGAAAAUAUGGGGGCAGAGAAGAAGCCUCAGAAGAAGAAGAAGAAUCGCUUCCAACGUGUCUUCUCCUGGAUGAGGAAGACCUUCAGUUCAUGUGUAACCUCUGUCAAUGCUUCGGCCUGUCACAGCUGAGAACAUGCUGUCGCUGGAAGGUCAGGGGGACAAAAUCAGUGGCAGGACUUAAAUUGUCAAGACCUCAGGAAGUUCAAGCUUCACUUCCUUGAAUGAGGACUGUGACUGUGAGCCUGCUGCCCCUUCUCUGAUGGAUGAUGACGUCAGUAACAUCCAACCAGACCACUGCACUCCACCUCACACAGUUCUACAAUCUGGUGUGAUCCUGGUUGAGCCUGCGACAGCCCAGCACAUGCUGCUGGAAGAUCAGUGCAGUCAGGUGUGAUCCUGGUUGGGCCUGUCACAGCCCAGUGCACACUGCCGGAAGAUCAGGAGAGUGCAGUCAGGAGCCUCAGAAUCUACAAAGAUGAUGAGACCACAGGUGGCAGUCCAGAGUUAAAGACGCCCUGACACCGCCACCGUCAACUCUUACUUUGAUUCUUCCUGCAGCAGCCACGCAGCCAGUGGAAGUUCUGAAGAGUGCACUCAGUGAGACUGCUGCCACUCCUCUGAAGGAUUAUGAAGGCAUCAGUAUCCAACCAGACGGCUGCACUCCUGCUCCUGCACACACUGCUCACAAACAAUGUAUACAUGUUCACAUCAGAAAUCAGAAAGGAAAGAUCUUCACUGACUGAGUUUUAUCUAUGUUUGUUGGUGUGGCAGUGUCAGUGGUGGCAUCCACCUCACGGGCAGCUGUGAUGGAGGCCUCGACCUCUCAGGGAGCUGUGGAGGAACCACGUCCCCCGCAGACAGUCCUGGUCCUGUCACAGCACACAUCAUUGGACAGUCGUGGUGCAGCUGCUGCACACAGACUCCAGUGACCGCGCAUGACUCACACAUAGUCCAGCCAAUCAGAGGAUGGGGAGCAUCACCUGGUGAUGGAGCAGCUUGAUCCUCCGCCAAGUCCACCCAGAGCAUCAGCUGCCCUCCUCUCUUCACUGUGGACUUCUGUGAUGUCAUGCAAAUGGAUCAAUGGAUGUGAAGAUAGAUGUACAGAUAGAUGUUUAGAUAAAUAUAUAGAUUGAUGUCUAGAUAUAUGUAUACACAUGUGUAUAGAUUGAUUUAUGGAUAUUGGUAUGGAUUGAUGUAUAGAUAUAUGUUUAGAUAUAUGUAUAGAUAUAUUUAUGAAUUGAUGUUUAGAUAUAUGUAUAAAUAUAAGUAUGAAUUGAUGUUUAGAUAUAUGUAUAAAUAUAAGUAUGAAUUGAUGUUUAGAUAUAUGUAUAAAUAUAAGUAUGAAUUGAUGUUUAGAUAUAUGUAUAGAUAGAUAGAUGUAGAGAAAUAUGUGUCUAUAUUAUCCAUCUCAUGUAUGAUUCAUUUCUGUAAAUACAUGGUAAAUACACUUAAACCUUUGAGCAUUA